UCCUUCCAGGGCUUCUCAGUAGCGUUUUUCUAGUUACCCGGAAGUAUAAUCCCUUCAAUUCAGACAUUUACUUUAAAUAAAUAACUAUAUAUUUAUUUAUUUAUUUAUUAGCGCCCCUUUCCCCCGUUUUUGUUGGUUCCCUCCGGACUCGGGGAGGCCCCCACCGUGCCAAGCGCUCCAAGGAGUCCGUUAGGCCUCGCAAGCAGGGGGCGACCCGGAAAUGGCUGGGUAUCCCGGAAGUCCGGCUCUCCCUGUCAGCAGGGACUAGGGGGAUGGCUGUGGAGCCCCGUCGAGCGCAGCUCCAGCCUCUCCCCCGCAGCCGCUGAGCCUGCCGUGCAUCUUCCCGGGGAGAAGCCGCAGCCGAGAAUGGCGGAGCUGGCGGCGGGCGAGGGGCCGCCGCGGGGGGGCCGCACCCCCAGCCCGCUCCCACCGGCUGGGCCGCCCAGUCCUCGCCCGGCCGCGGCUCCCGCCGGCCCGCCCCGCAGUCCCGAGCCCUCGGCGCCCGAUAGAGCCGUGCCGGCCGGCGGCGGCGGCGGAGGAGGAGGGGGCUCCAAGUGGGUCCGGCUCAACGUGGGCGGCACCUACUUCGUGAGCACCCGCCAGACGCUCUGCCGCGAGCCCAAGUCCUUCCUCUGCCGCCUCUGCUGCCAGGAGGGGCCCGAACUGGGCUCGGAUAAGGAUGAAACAGGGGCGUAUCUCAUUGACAGGGAUCCUACAUAUUUUGGUCCAAUUCUGAACUACCUCCGGCAUGGAAAACUCAUAAUAAACAAAGAGCUGGCAGAAGAAGGUGUGCUGGAAGAAGCUGAGUUUUACAACAUUGCAUCUCUAGUACGACUGGUGAAGGAGCGAAUACGCGACAAUGAAAGCAGAACUUCUCAAGGACCUGUCAAGCAUGUGUAUAGAGUUCUGCAAUGCCAAGAGGAAGAGCUCACCCAGAUGGUAUCCACUAUGUCUGAUGGGUGGAAAUUUGAACAGCUAAUCAGUAUCGGCUCUUCCUAUAACUAUGGAAAUGAGGACCAAGCAGAAUUUCUCUGUGUUGUAUCUAGAGAGCUCAAUAAUUCUACCAAUGGGAUCGUCAUAGAGCCUAGUGAGAAAGCAAAGAUUCUUCAGGAGCGAGGAUCCCGGAUGUAAUCUGAGCAUCUAAUUCUUUAAAACUCCCAGAUGUCAAAAAGGCAAUCUAGCUGGGCAGAGUAUUUUUCUUGCAGUCCAACCUUGCUUUUGUACAGUAAUCAAACUAACACAAAGCAAAGCUGAGCCUGCCCUGCCAGUGAAGAAUUAAUCCUGGUACAAACCAAAGGCUCGCCCCACCCCAGUCACAGAAAGUGAAGAGGACAGAAGAGACUCUUGCAGCUGGGUAGCCUGUUUACCCCACUACCUUUUUCUUUUUUCUAUUUCUUUUUUGUUCUUGGCAUUGAUGUGAUUUUUGUCUCUGGGGCAGUGUCUCUGGAGCCCUUUUGACUCCUUAAGCUAUCCCAGUCAUCAUUGGUCUGGAGUAAAUGAUAGAGAACUUUGGUUUUGAACAGUGCCAUUUAUUACAGUUAAAUCAGGAAGUUUAUCCCAGUUAGAUUUGCCCAUAUCUGAUUAGGAAAUCCAAAGUUCUUGGUCAGGGUUGCAGGGAGGAAUUAUGCCUCCAGUGGGGCCUUAGCUGAAGGGGUUUUUCUUUUGAUAACACUAAAUUAUGAGCUGUAGGCAUUUCUCACUGUUUGGUUUGGUCAUUGCUCUUCACACAUCUUUAAAAAUGUAUGAUCACCCCCAAGUUUCCAAUUAAGUUGUACUGUCUCUUAUUUUCUUGGUGUCGGAGGAGAAUGACAAUGGGGCUUGGGUCCCUUUUCUCCUGUCAGAGCCUGAAAUAUAGUUCCUUGACUUAAUUUAAAGUUUUUUUGUUUGUUUUUUAAAUCUGGAGGAUUUGUUCCUGCCAAGUUCAGCUUUGCCUUGUCUUGUCUCCAACAGCAUGAAGUGACCCCCUUGUUCUCUUGCUGUCCUGCAUUAAAGCAGGUUUUCUUUUGUACUAUAGCUAAUUUGGUAGGUUUAACAACUUCUAUCCAAUACAUUCAGGGAUGGAGGGUCCCUUAUUUACACAUAGUGAUUCUGCAUUUGCAGUCCCCUUCCCCCUUAUCCAAAAUAACUAAGGGGCAUUACACAGGUUUGGGAGUAGGGUGGGGAAGGGUGAUGUUGAAAGUUGCCAAACUGUUGUGAUGUUUCUUGUCCAAAGUGGUGUGUUAACUUGUGUAACUCUUUUUCUUUGGAAUGCCUUGAAUGGAUGUGAAAAUGUUGUGCCUCUCUUGAAUUCUGAUCUUAGCCAAAUGGGACUCGCUGAUCAUGUCAGUGAAUUUGUGCCAUCCCUAAUCAGUGAAAUGUCCCUUCCUAGUUGUUGAUUAAUGGAAUCAAUCCCUUGAGCAUUUGCUGCACAAUACCACCCCUUUACAUCCUGGCUUUGUUCCUUGUAAAUUGUCUUGGCCUUUGAGUUAAGGUCCAAACAUACAGAACCAAAGUUCCAGAGAAACUGGAAUACUCUGGUCUCUUCCAUAUAGUAAUGGAAGCUUCCAUAUUAGCCUGUGAUCAGAGGAUCCCUUAUUCCAACUGACAUGCUUGGGAUUUUUCACUAAGGAAUUGCAGUCACUGUGUCUUUCAUAUUUUAUGGUGUGGAGAAAGAGGCUCUCCAUUCUAUUUCUUCCUUGUAAAUUUAAGGAGUGAGGGGGAAGGACAGAGUGCUACUGAGGGCAUGGAAGACCUCAUCAUACAUAUAGCAAAGGAGUUCAAAUCAAGUUUGGCACCCAAUCCCCCCUACCCCACAUCCUCCAUUGCAUUUCAGUUUUCUGUGCAUAUAUCACUGAGCUUCCCUACCAGUUCUGCCAACAUACCUCCAAAGCUUCACUGGAGGUUUAGGGAUUAAGUAAGGUGUACUAGUUCAGUCUCCGUCUCAACAGACUGUGCCAAAGGUCUUGAAACUCUGUGUCAGUUACCAGCUGCUGAAACCCAACUGGCUCCAUACUGUGUUGAACAAAACCAAUUUUCUUGUCCUACCCUGUCCUUCCUUUUUAUAAAUUUGUUGGUAUUGGCACAAUUAGACUGUACGUCUUGGCUGGAUUUAACGAACACUGUGAUGUGUACAUAAAUCUGAGUAUCUUGUACCUUCAGCCGUUGUUGGUGUGUGUCCACAACCGAGAAAUAACCAGGUGUAUAAUGUGCUGUUAGGUAGUACAGGAGGCCUUCAUUUUCCUUGGGGAUUAGGUUUCCAGUUACUACAGGAAAUAGCAAAAACGAAAAAUGGAGGGGACCAUUGAGCUUAUGGGAAUCUGGGGGUUAGGUUCCCUGGAAAAUUUCUAAGUCCCCAAAAUCACCCAAAGCGGGGGGGGGGCAGCAGAAAUAGGCAAAGAAUUGCCUAUACUGUACUGAAUGGUAUUGUCCAAUACAGUACUGUACAGAGCACUCACCCUCAGAGGAACAAUCCCAAAGAUGACCUGGACUUUACCUUAAACAGCAGCUCCAAAAGACACUCCAAAUCGCAAGGUACUCCAAAUUCCUGCAAGACACACUCUCCAACCUCCAUCAUCAACUUCUUAACAACCCAUAAAGCUCCUCCUCAACCACACCAAGCUCCAUAAAGCUCCUCCUCAAACCACAUCAAUAUAAGGCACAUGCUUAUAUUGCUAAACUAAAAACUGCAAAUAGCCAAAAACAUAUACUCCAGAAAAAGACCCAUUUGUCAGCCAUGAAUAAGCGAAAUUGCAGAAAACAAACCCAUGGAAAAUGAGGGCCUCCUAUAUAAAAACUACAAAUGUAUAACAGUCAUGUGUACCCUCAUGAUCUCUCCUCCUCUGGAAGGGUGGGGAGUGGAAGGUGGUAUGAACUAGUUGAAAGAGAAACAGGCUGACAAUGCCAAGAGUAGCUGUCAUUUCCAACAUGGCCUAACCCAACUCAUUCCCCACCUUGCUGGGCACGUAGCAGUGUUAGGUUUGCUUGGAAGGAGACCUUACUGUGUAGCUUUAGUUGACCAAAACAAAUACCUCAUUGUGUUUUGUUUUUUAAUUUUAUUUUAUGGUCACCAAAAACGCCAUGCAUGAGGAAGCCCCAUUAGAGGAGUGCCUGAUGUCGGGACAACCAAGUUUCUCAAUCAUUUGCCCACAUCGUGCCAUUGGGAACAGCUUCAUUUGAAUCUAGAAAAAAAUCAGAAUGAGAAGUGGACCAUAACCAGCUUGAUGUAGUAUGUUCCAGCAGAGUUAGAGACAGCUGGAUUAUAGUAAACCUUCUCUGAGAAAAUUAUGGUGUUUCUACCUGGUUGAUGGGGCGAUCCUAUCCAAUAUACUCACUCCACUUGCUGCUGACAACUAGUGAGAGGUUUUCAGUGGAUUUAACUCUUCACUGAAGCAUCAUUGCCUUCUCCUUCCUUUCCUUUAUUAAGCACUCUCAACUAAAGUAAUUAAAAUUGUUGGGACCCUCCCUGGAGUGGCAAGCCGUUUAGUUGGAGAUAGAAACAGUAUUAGGGACUGGAAAAGCAGUUGGCUUUCCUAGUAUAAGGGCUUGAAAUCCAGCUACGGCGAGACACCGUUCCAGCUCAUCCACCUGUGAAAUUCUCUUUCCUCACCAUGACAGGUCACCUUCAGGCCCUGUUAAUCUCAAGAGCUGGCUUCCAUGUUCUGCACCAGUUGCAUCUCUGCCUUUAUAGCAACAGGGCUUUUCCUUCCAUUUGCCUUUAUCUCGGUCGAAACAUUCUCUCCUAAGCUAAAGCUGGAAAAUAAAUUUUAAAAUCCUGUUUCCCCUGCAGAAGGCAGUAAUUUAGGAAGAGAUAAGCAAAUGGCAGGAUGGAUAUUAAUUUGGGUGAUUUGCAUCUCUUGGGAAGGUUUUCUUUAAAUUAUUGGCUAGCCCUGGGGACCUGGUAACAGGUCUAGUUGCCCAGUGGCCAAUGGUUCCGUUACAGCAAGGUUUAAGCUAACCUUCUCUUAAAAGUGUCUUUGUUUCUGCACAUUUUAAAUCAGUUUUUUCUCAGGGGUGACUGAGUGGUCCGAGGGGAGGGGGGGUUCCCCGCAAUGGGGUGGGGGGGGUUCCUCGGACCUCCGCAGCCGGGCCGUGGGCUCCUCACCCUCAGGUUUUGCCUGCAAACCUAGAGGUUUUGUACAGUUUGUCACAUGUCAGUGCCCUUUGCUACUGUUUUCUUUGUUUAUUAAAUGUGUUUGAAUAAUAAUGGAGAUGCUGUGAUUUUUUUUUCCAAUAAAGAUUCUGACAUGA